UGUACUGUGUCCGCAGUCUCUGGUCAUCUCCUGUACUGUGUCCGCAGUCUCUGGUCAUCUCCUGUACUAUGUCCGCAGUCUCUGGUCAUCUCCUGUACUAUGUCCGCAGUCUCUGGUCAUCUCCUGUACUGUGUCCGCAGUCUCUGGUCAUCUCCUGUACUGUGUCCGCAGUCUCUGGUCAUCUCCUGUACUGUGUCCGCAGUCUCUGGUCAUCUCCUGUACUAUGUCCGCAGUCUCUGGUCAUCUCCUGUAGUAUGUCUGCAGUCUCUGGUCAUCUCCUGUACUGUGUCCGCAGUCUCUGGUCAUCUCCUGUACUAUGUCCGCAGUCUCUGGUCAUCUCCUGUACUAUGUCCACAGUCUCUGGUCAUCUCCUGUAGAAUGUCCGCAGUCUCUGGUCAUCUCCUGUACUGUGUCUGCAGUCUCUGGUCAUCCCUGUACUGUGUCCGCAGUCUCUGGUCAUCUCCU